AGAAGUGGCGUUGUCUUUUUUUACCCGGUGACUUCACACAGAGAACCCCUCCCUUUCUCUCCAUUCACUCCUGUGCAGUGUUUUAUACUGAAAGGUAAAGAUGCGAAUUCACACUGCGACUUGUGCAUCAGCGAGCGGAUACUCCAGCAGGCAGGCUGCCCUCACAGCCUGUCUGAGCGGCUUCGUAUGAUAUGAACGUUUUCCCUUCAACAGCUGGUGACUGUCUCCAGGCCUCAAGGCAGCAUGACAACAUCUGUUCACACUCCAGUAUCUCCAGUGGUCGGACAGUGAGGACCAGUCGCCACUAUGCGAUGUGUGUAAGGGACCAGUGGCGGUGUUGUGGCCCCAGGCGGGAUGCUGCUGACGGCCGGUCAGUAUGACUCUGCUGGACUUGUGGCUGUCGCGCUCCAUCCCCAUGUGCCUGCUCCUUCAGAGCCUUGUACUCAUGGCCCUGUGCUUCCCCUCGGCCAGCAUGUGUCCAAAGGGCUGCAUCUGCCAACGCGACCCCCACCUCCAUGGCCUCAACGUUACCUGCAGUCAGUCACGCCUCAAAGAGAUCCCCCCCAGCCUCCCGUUCGACACUGUCCUGCUGAGGCUGGACCACAACCAGAUAGGUGCCGUACCCGAUCAAGCCUUCCACGGACUCAGGCUUUUGAGGGAGCUCAACCUUUCAUACAACGCGGUGGAGACUUUAGGGGAAGGUGCCUUCAGUGGCAUAGAGGCGACAUUACAGGUGCUGGACCUCUCCCACAACCGCAUCACUAGCGUACACAAGGAUGCCUUCGCUCGGCUCAAGGCCCGCGUCAUUGUGGACGAUAACCCCUGGCAUUGUGACUGCGCCCUCCAGCAGGCCAUCGGUGGAAUGGCCCAUAACCACGAGGCCGCCGCCCGUGUCCUCUGCAGGAGCUCAGAGCUUCGUGACCAGGAGGGACGACCUUUCUUGGCAGUGGACACUGACCUCUGUAACCUGGCCAAAAGGACCACAGACUAUGCUAUGCUGGUGACCAUGUUCGGUUGGUUUGCCAUGGUCAUUUCAUAUGUGGUGUAUUAUGUCCGUCAGAACCAGGAGGACGCCCGACGCCACCUGGAGUACCUCAAGUCUCUCCCCAGCAAGCCCAAGAAACCUGACGAGGCUGAUGACAUAAGCACUGUUGUCUGACAGCAGUGUGAGCAAGUGACUGUGUCCCACACAAACCUAAUGAACACCAAAAUGUUUAUGUAACAGGACCCACAUUUAUAGUGUUUACUAUUUCAAAGUUUUAGGUGAUGUGAACAUCAAAUCUGCUGAGAAAUCUUUGUAUUUUGGAAAUGUUAUCGUACGUCCUUACCAGGGUUUGUUCAUGACUGAUCUGAGAUGAGAAGGGAGGCCACAGAGUCCAAUAGUAUAACACUGACAUUGUCUUUUCUACAAAAAUUGCCUAUGGAGUUUUGAAAAUUAGAAUCUCAGGUUUAAAUACUGACAUGAUAAUGGCUUUUUUAGAUGAAAAUUUUAAUUGAAUAUCUGAUAAAAAGAAAUAUAUUUGUAAGACAUGACGCCCUAAACUUAAUUUCCCAGAACCCUCAUUUUGGUAUUUCAAAACCCACGAUAAAAUGUACAUUGAGUUUUGCAAACAUUUGCUAAACCAACUGCAUCUUUCAUACCCCUUAAAAUUAAAUGUAAAUUAAAAUAUCUGAAUUUACAGUUCUGCACAGAAACUUCAGCAAUUCUCCAUGGCUUGCUUAUAGAGACUAUUUGAUAUAUAUAUUCUGUAAUAUUUUAGACCACCAAAGUCUUGGAUUUGGGGUAUGCAGAUAUGAGAUAUAAAGUAGUCUUAUUUUCCUGCUUUCUUUGAGCUUUAUACAGACAAAUCACAAUUAAGACAAAUUUGAUAGAGAUGAGUAGACAAGAUUUCACUGAAACAUUUAGUAAACCAUGUCAAAUCGUGGUUAAGGUGAAUACUGGAAGCUGUGGAAGCCCAUUUCUGUCAAUAAAAGAAAUUAAUUAAAGGUUAGGAAUAAUUUUAAAUAAUAAUGUGUCAAAGUUAUAAGAUACUAAUUUAAAAUAAUCAUAUAUUAAAUUACUUGAAAAGAUUUACUUUUGAUGACAAAAUUAAGAGAUAGUAAGUCAAAAUUGUAGUUAACUUUAGGUAGCUUGUCAAUGUUACCUGCUACAUCACCAUUUUAAGCCAGGUUAAAUGAUCUUAGAACCAGGGAUUUUCCAACCACGGUUCAGGGUUGCAGUUCUGGCAAGGUAAUAGUACAAAAGCCACCCGGAACUGCUAAAUAAAGAAUGGAAAGUACAGUUGUUAAAACUGUAGGCUGUAACUCUCACGCUCUAAAUCUGCCCAGUGGGAAAUUAAUUCAAUGUGUAGCGCACUGAGACAGAUGUUGAGGUGAAAACAGCACAUUAUGUGUUAACUGUUAACAACUGUUAACAAAAUUACUAGUAUUUUACUGUAUGUGUGACGAGUAAUAAAUAUAAUUUUACUACCAAAAAAAAACAAUUUUUGCAGUGUAGUUACUCCUUAAAUAGUCAAUAUGACUUAGUAUCUCAAAAUAAUGACUAUCUCAUAAUUUUAACUGUGAGUAAAUAUAUUUUUGUCAUUCCUUAGAUUUCAUAUAUGUUUUUUCUUUUCUGUGCGGGAAUGAGUAUCCAUUGGAUCCUGGUUGGUCAGAGGGUGUGCAUUAUUUUCAGAUAACCACAUUUGUCUGAUGCAAUGUUCUCAUUGGCAUUAUGAAUUCAUUUUCAUAGAUAGAACGCUGCUGAUUUCAGUUUAUAUGAGGCUACAGCUUCUCCUUAUUGGAGUAGGAAAGCAAUGGUCAUUACAAGGUUGAGAAAGAUAGUGCCAAUACAAAGAGUCCAUUUAAAGAAUGUACUGCCCCAAAAUUUGAAGAAAACAAACUUCAAUGACUGCAUUGUGGAUUAUUCGUUAUAUACAAAAAUGUAACAAUCAUAAUGCUAAUCCUAAUGAUGAUUUGCAUAUAGGUUUGAGAAUAAGGCUUUUUAGCUGAAAUGGCAUGGCAAACACUGGGCUUCAUCAUUGAGGAGUUGACCCCGUGAUCAGGCAUGGUGCCUAAUUUAUUGAUGUUGAUUGAGUUUUUGUUCCAAAACUACGGCAGCCUACUGCGGCCAUCAUCACAAAAAAAUUCUGCUCAGUUUCUCGUUAUAAUGAUAAAAUGUUCUCAUUAUAAUGAGAUAAAUUUCAUGUUAUAACAUAACAUAUUUUUGUUAUAACAUAGUUUCUAUAGUUUCAUAAUUAUUCAGUUUUAACAACUGUUGUUACCAACCUUAUCUUGUCACAUCAAGAAACUUUUUCAUUAUUACACAAUAUUAAUAUAUUUCAUUAAAACAAGAAACCUUUGUUGUUAUAAUGACAUACCAACUUAGCUCAUUAAAGCAACUUCCAUAUUAUGUUAGAAAAGGUUAGUCAACGCCUGAAAAGAAUACACUGGCGUAAAUCAUUUCAUUGCUAUAUGUUAAAAUAAUGUAUAUCUUCACAACCAACCAUGAUGUCUUGGUCAUGGUUAGUCUUUAUUAAAAUACCACUAAACCAUGUCUUCUUAGUGACCAACCCCUGAGUCUGAGUCUCCUCCAGUUAUUACCAUGAGCUCACAGCAAUUAAGCUUUACAAGCAAUAACGAGUGAAAUACCGACUUUUUUGCCCCGAAUUUUGCCUCUCAGGCAUAAUAUAAGCUGCUCUACCUUCUUGGUGGAGUUUGUUGGAGCUGUGUGCAGCUUGUGAAGAAGACUGUAGACAGUACUCCGGCUAAAAAAAAAAAGUUCCCCGCCUCCUUUGCAUUUUCGGGUAAAAAAAUAUUUUAGCUAUUUUUAUUUACAGAUAAUUCUCCUAAAAAGAUUCUAGAACUGAUCAUCAAUCAAAGAUAAUGCAGUAAAAGAUAGAAAUAAAACAUUAUUUAUUGAGUUUAAAGGUUCAUUGCUGACGUUGAAAAUAGAAGAUUUUUUUGGUAAUUUUAUAUUAAUUUGAUAUGUAGUAACAAGAACAAUAUCUUGUUAUGACAAGAAACUGAGCAAAUAAUUUUUGUCACGGUGGCAACAACAACCUGCCAUACAUAACAGCACAUGUGAGUCAGACGUGAGUCAUUGCUAUUAACAACUCUGCCACCAUCCACAAAUACAUUAAUGUCAUUAUGUGCUAACAGUUCAAUAAAGAUGUACAUGCCCUUAUGCCAAAACAUCAACUAACAAUCUAGCAAAAUCGGACAUUUGCAAGCCAGAAAUAUUUUAGUGGAUAUAUGUAAAUUAUGUGUAAAAAAAUGAUUUGAUUUUGCAGCACACCAAGAUUAAUGUCUAUUUAUAUUAGAUUGAUUUAUCUGCCUUGCAAUGACAAACUUUUUAACUAACCUCUUAAAUGUUAUCAAAAUGAAUGUUAGUUAUCAAAUGUAGUAUAUGUUACACAAUGUAAUUAUUUAAAAUAUACCCAUAGACCUAAAUCUACAAAAAGCAUCCGUACAGGGUUGCAUGUUUUAAAUCUAUUUCUGUGUUUAAUUUUAUUUUGGAGUACUUAAAUUCCACAAAAUAUGCUCAUACGAUGCAGAAAUCUUGAAUUUGAAAAUCUGUAUGUCCUGAACGGUACACGUCAUAUGACUUUAGUUUAUGGUGCUAUGUAUAGCAAUUUACCAUCAGUACAGCAUUUCAGAUUCCCCUUCUCUCUUUACAUUUAACACCAAAACCUUGAUAGUCUGCAGUUAUUGUCUCACAAUCGAAAAUCCCUCCAAAUCACAGAUGAACUGCUCAAACUUGAGUUUGUUCCUUUAAAGAGUAAGUUAACAUCCCCUGAAAAUCUUGUUUUUACUGUCCUCCAGUGGUUUAACUUCUCACCUUGCUGCAGUGAUGUACAAGUGUACUCCCAGGUGUGUCAGCAGACCAUGACAUCACUACUGGGUGGGGUUAAAGGGGCAACAAAGCACACUUCUGACCAGACCCAACAACACCCAGCAGUGUGGUCAGAGGCGAAACAGGCUUGACGGUUUCAACCAGAUAGUGGUGUAUUAAAUAUGACAUCCGAAGGAACAGCAAGGACCCUGGACAAAAGACUGAAUCACCAGAAAAAGGGAUCAAACUCAUCGACCAGAAGUGAGUAGAUGGCCGGCAGAGGGGGAACAUUUACAUCCAAUGCCAGAAUCCAUCUUUGAACCAGCAGAGUAACCUUGAAAUGAUGCCCACGUUGGACAAUUCCGCACCUCAUGAUUUACGUCCAAUGUCAACGUUCAGUACUAAUGCAGGAAGUAGUGUGCUAUUUAGAUAGCGAGUCGGAAGGUAACGGUGUGGAGGUCAGGGUGAUGGAGGGUGUGUAGCAUGUCUGACUUUGAUACAAGAAAGGGGAGUUUGCGUCCUGUUACGGACCUGCAGUUAACGUUCACGUUUUUAUUAACCGUAAUCCCAAUAUUUCCUUAACCAAGUGUUUUAGUCGCCUAAGCCUAACCAUACCUUAACCACAGUUCAUUUGCCAUAACCACAGACUUUCCCAAAACUUAAACAUUCCAUAGUUGCCAUGCGCAGAUAUUGUAGAAAGCAAGAACGUUGGCACACAAUGUUAAAGUUCCUUGAACGUAUUCCAAGGUUUGGCAGAACUGCCCCCCAUGUAUGUACAGGUUAUCACAUGGCAAGUUCCUUAGGUCACAUAAUGACAAACUGAACUAUCUCUGUGACAACAGAGCAAACUCCCUCUGCAGAUGAAGACUGUGAGACUAAGAGUGUCUUAUUUGAUGUUUUGCAAUCUAAGGUUUCUGGUAAUGGUUUAAUAUCUGUGGACAGGCUGUUGCAGGUGUUGUACUACCUUAAGUUUGUGAAGUCUACGUUUGUUCCUUUUGUCUUUAGUCAGCUGUUGUCAAUCAUAGUCAGCCUUUGUAUAUCUGUACUUACCAGAAGUAAGAACAAGACUAAAUGUCAGUUUCAGUGGACUUGUUGGUGUUCUGUGGUUACUCCAGUCCUUCAGAGUCAAUGCUGUUACUGGUAAUUGUUACCGUUUGCCUUCACUCCAUUUCAAGGGGAGGAUGGAUUUCUCAAACAUGGGGAUGGCAGACUAUACGAUCAUCUCAGUCAUGACAAAUCAACACAAACAUCUCUAUUCAAGCCAAGCUGCCAAUGCAUGCAUCAUUUCCCUUUAAUAACACUGUGUACAGCAAUGUUCCCGGCGGCGGGUAUAGAGAAAAGUGAUGCUGUCAUUUUCUCAAAUGGCUUCCCUGCCAUCACAGCCGCUGGAGCGCACUAAAACAUAGGACCAGUGAAAGCCAAUGAAAGCCUUGUGAAAGACGAGAUUGAUAUGUGAUGGUACAGGAAAUUAGAUUUUCACCAAAAAGCUCAUUUCAUAAAUACUUUAAAUAAAAACCUAAAGAAAUCCUGCACAUGCUUGGUGACACGUUAUACGUUAAUAUCUUGUGACAUUUCCUUUCAGUUCAUGUUUUAAUUGUUUGUUACAGAAUUUGUACAAUAAUGGUUGUUAAAAUGACGUCUUAGGGGAUAUGCAAUGAGAAUACAUAGGUAGAGAACACUAGGAUCACAUGUAAAUAGGAACCUUGAUGUUGUGUGAAAUACUUGAAAUCCCUUUAAUUUGUUGUUUUUGAAUGUGCUACACCCCAUAGCCUUGUCUAGUAGAGGCAACCUCAUACUCCUCAUGACAGGAUCAGGAUAGGCUAUUAAAUGCAUGUACAAUGUAAUGGAGCACAGUGUAGCCAAGGACCCGAGAGAAUUUCUAAGUGCCUGAAUACUUCUCUCACCAUUUUAUCUUUUUUAUUUAUGUCUUCUUUCUCCACCUCUGGUCUUUGUUCUGAACACAUAAGCCUCUCUUAGUUUAGGAUUGGUUGUUUUAGGUUUAUUUUGCAAGUUAGAAAAAAAGCUAAAUCAACCAUGCUGAUGUAAAGAGCUGUUAAACUGAAUUAUACUGUACAAUAUCACAGUUUUCCGUGCACAGACAGGGUGUGAUAGACUAACUCGCACAGUUGAGAAUGAAAAUGUUAGCACUGACUAUCAUGGUUGUGUUGUAAUGGCAUGACAUACAGAAAAUUAAAUAAAGGAGGUAUGCAUUG